AUGAAGCUCUUCACCUUUUACAUCUUCAACGCCAAAGGCGAGUGCAUGCACUACCGAAACUGGGCCCGCGAGCGCGCGGGAGGGGAUGAAACCACCGAACAUAAAACCCUGUUCGGGCUGUUCUUCACGCUGAAAGAUUUCGCGCGCCAGCUGGACCCGACGGGUGGCGAACACGGCGCGUGCAACUUUUAUGCAUUCACGACGAACAACUACAAGCUGCACUACUUCGAAACCGCCACCGGGUUACGCAUGAUGCUCACAACGGACGUGCGCGCGGGUGAUCUCCAAGCCAUCAUGCGGCACAUAUACGCCAACAUAUACGUCGAGUACGUGGUGAAGAAUCCGGCGCUGUCGCCGCUCGAACCGUUCGAGUCCGCGGCGUUCGACGAGGCGUUGGACGCGUAC